AUGAACGCCUUACCGCGCCUUCCAUGGCGUCAAUCGGCACAGAGAUGGAGCUGCUUCUUUUGCCAACACGCCCGCCCCUCCCCUCGAAACCUCGCCUCUCCCGCCGCCCGCCGCGCCGCAUCGACCACACCUUCGCCGAAGCAGCAAACCGGUCCUAGCUUCGGCGGCGCCCCGUCCAUGGAGCAGGUACAUGCGCAUUACAGACGGAAGAACGCUACGACAGCGUACUACACCCUCAGCAUCAUCCUUGGUACGGUCGCAUUGUCAUACGGCUCCGUCCCUCUCUACAAGAUGAUCUGCCAAACAACAGGCUGGGGUGGCCAACCCAUCCGUGCCCACGGCCCCGAUGUCGACUACAGCGAAGACGGCCUCGCCUCGCGCCUGGUCCCUGUAACCUCGGCCAACCGCAUCCGCGUCACAUUCAGCUCCUCCGUCUCCGACGUGCUUCCUUGGAAGUUCACGCCGCAGCAGAGAGAGGUGCGCGUGCUCCCCGGCGAGACGGCGCUGGCGUUUUACACGGCGACGAACACCUCCGACACGGACAUCAUCGGCGUGGCGACUUACAGCGUGACUCCUGGGCAGGUGGCGCCGUACUUUAGCAAGAUCCAAUGCUUUUGUUUUGAAGAGCAGCGGUUGAAUGCGGGCGAGACGGUCGACAUGCCCGUGUUUUUCUACCUUGACCCGGAUAUCGUAAACGACGUCAACAUGCGCGGUAUCGAGACUGUGACGUUGAAUUAUACCUUCUUCAAGGCCAAGUACGACGACAAUGGCAGGUUCAAGGCACCUGUGCCGAUUGAACAGAAGUAA